AUGGGCGAUAAAGAUAAGGCCAAGAAAGCUCGGGAUACUUUGUCCUCAAUCUAUGCCUUUUACUCGCACAACCGCAAUAGCCUCGAGCGUGUUCCUUCUUUCAUGAGCCAAUCCAGUGGUGACAUCCCGAUCGCAGUACAAGUCCCAUCCGAAGAACAAACAGAGCAAUUGAAGAAAGAACUUCGGGAGAUGAUGCAAGCUAAGGAGGCAAUUGAUGGUCUAUCAGAUCGAGAUCGUCAGAUUAUGUUACAGGUAGCCAAUGCUAGCACCAUCAAGCGUCGGAAAAAGAAAGGAAAUUAA